AUGAGCAACCAGCCGAUGCAACAAUCCCAAGCCUCAUCGGCCAGAGAACCCGACCCAGAUGCUAUCAAAAUGUUUGUUGGUCAGGUGGGCUGUUGGCUUUCAUUAUUAAUAACGGAAUCUGAAAUGGAAUUUAUGGAUUACAUUCCACGCUCAUGGGGCGAAGCAGAAUGCAGAGAGCUGUUUGAGCAGUUCGGUUCUGUUUGCCAGCUAAAUGUUCUUCGUGAUAAAGUAACACAAGCAAGUCGAGGUUGCUGUUUUGUAACUUACUAUAAGCGGGCUGAUGCAAUAGCAGCGCAAGCAGCACUUCACAACAUUCGUGUCCUACCCCAAAUGUAUCACCCUGUUCAAAUGAAGCCUGCCGACAUUGAAAAUAGAAAUGGUGAAAGAAAAUUAUUUGUUGGUAUGUUAAAUAAGAAACUUACUGAAGAUCAUGUGCGUGAAAUGUUUGCUCAAUUCGGACACAUCGAAGAUUGCACUGUUUUGAAGGAUUCAGAAGGAAAAAGUCGAGGUACAUCCAUGUUUUUCAGUGCUACAUCACUGAUAGGCCGUGCAUGGCGAUGUGCUCAUGUCAUCGUCACAAAAUGGCUUUAUUUACGUAACAUGAGAGUCCUCGUGAUUCUGGUGAUAAGUGUCAUGUUGAAAAUUGCAACUAUAAGCUGUGCCUUUGUGACGUUUGCUCAUCGUUCCUGUGCGCAACAAGCGAUCAAACAAGUGCAUCUAUCUCAAACUAUGGAGGGAUUUAUAGGUCUUAGCUUUGCGCUUGAAUCGCAUCAUAUGUGCUUACGUUUUGAAGUAUUACAUUUUAUUCUUUGCACUGAUGGCGUAAUUAUGGAGCAUGAGACACACUGUUAUAACUUUUCAUCAUUGAAAUUCGCGGAUACCCAAAAAGAAAAGGAUGCAAAAAAGAGUGGUGGAACGCCAGCGAUAGCAGCACCUUCGUUGCAAAAUACAGUCAAUUUAGCUAGCACGUUACAACAAUUGCUGCAAACGACACAGCCUAAUAGCAAUACCACUCCUGCUCUGGGAUCUCAGUUGACUGCACUCGCAGCUCUCCUUCAGACGGCAUCACAGCCCAAUGUUCUAAGUUUGCUUGGAAAUGUAUUAUCUGGUUUGGGUCGUUUAACCGAGAAUACAACAGCAUCGAAUCAAACAUCUGUAAAAUCAUCACCCUUUCCUCUUGUCAGUCAGCAAACCCUGGCAUCACUCUCCUCUUCACCGGGCCUCUCAAAUGCAGAUUCAUCAGCAGCACUUCAGCAACAGCAACAUCAACAGUUAGCUGCGCUUCAGCAGCAGCAAAGAUUGCUGGAACUUCUUACACAUCAACAGCUUACUAACACGCCAAUAUCUACGCCUAGCGGUUCAUUUGGUAGUGACAGUAAAAUAAAUGGUACAACUAGUGGAAAUAACCUUAUUCAGCUGACGGGACAGAAUCCAUCAGGCAGCAUCGAUGCUCUGCAGCAAGCAUAUGCCGGAUUACAACAGUUUGCUGGUUUGUAUCCACAAUUAUCGACUAACAAUUUACUCACAACUAGUAGUGCACCUAAUACAGGAAUAAAUACCACAAGCGGUGGGCAAUCAAAGGGACCAGAUGGAUGCAAUCUGUUCAUUUAUCAUCUCCCGCAAGAUUUCAGUGAUAACGACUUAUACACCACAUUCUCACCUUUUGGGUCAAUUAUUUCGGCAAAAGUUUUUAUUGACAAGCAGACUAAUCUCAGCAAAUGUUUCGGUUUUGUAAGCUACGACAAUGUUGUUUCGGCUCAAAAUGCUAUUUCGGCACUAAAUGGAUUUCAGAUAGGUUCAAAACGGCUAAAAGUACAGUUAAAGCGUGGAAAGGAUAGUAAACCUUAUUCGAGUGUGCCUGUUACUAGUAACAGUGGCAAUACUAAACCGCUGUCAACUUAA